AGCUUUGUCCUUUCUCCUUUGUUCUUUGAAUACUUUCUGAACCUCUAUAGUAUUCUAACCAGAUCAUCUCGCGACCUUCCUCUACCAAUCCUCGUUCCUACACCGACAGCAAGGGCGUUUUCUACUUAAACCAUGUCUCUUUCCUUCAAGCUUGUCCUCUGCUUUGUAGUCCUGCUUCUGUGUGCCAAUGUCUCCCAGGCCUGGGAAGCGGGUACCAAGGGAUGCCACUGCGUCACUUCUUUCGAGUAUACAUACAAUUGCUGCGACAGAUACAAGGGUAAAUUUGAUAAUUUUGGGCGCUUAGGUAUGUAUACUAUGGCCAGUUAUCAGCUUGCUACCUUGGGUGGGAGCAGACUUAUUAAGAAAGUGAUAUUAUGAUUUGGAGUUUGUAAAGGUAAGUAGGGCCAGAGGAGGAGCUUGUGAUACUUGCAACAUCACCUCACAAUUUGCAAUUGCUAUUCACAGAUUAUUAGAAUCUACUAUCGUCCUCAAAUUAACAGGCAAUAAGAUGCCAGGAACACAUGCCAUCCAUCUCUGGGUUGCAGUAGUCUCCCUUGCUUUCAUGCACCGCAUACUAUUUAUAUAAACAGGUACUUUCUCCUUGCUUUCAGAUUCGUCUUCUAUAUUUGUAAAUAACGUAUUUUCAUGCAUUUAACAAUAUCUUAUGAAAGUUGCACUAAUGAGUAAAUAUAAUACGACAGUCACAAGAGGUUAUCUGCUUGAUAUUUCAUACGCAAGGUAUUAUAGUUACAUUCACUACAGAGGUUGCGCUCUGGCAUCAGUAUAGUAAUAGGUACGCAACGAUCCACUAGCAGUUUCUCAAUUUCGUUUCUAUUUACUGAACUAAAUAGCAUUCUCUG